AUGGCGUCAGCAUUUGAACCAAUCCUGCGUUCAGACGAAGGGCUCACAGGCUACAUUCAUAUUCUCUUGAGUCUGUAUUUUCCUCCUGAAGAUGAAGCACGGAAUGUUCCCACAGACGGUGGUUUCCAGGCCAAUUUUUUGAGGUGGAUGAGCGAUGAUUUCAUUUGUGGGACAAGUUUUCCAUCCUUUGCGGUCGAACUCGUCAGUACGUUACAAAUGACCAGCGAUUGUGGGAGUACCGGUGACUGGAAGAGCUACCCACCUGCUAUUUUGUGGAAUGCUCCUUCUGCAAGCAUAAUAGAAGAAGACUGGUACGCUACUUGGAAUGUAACUUAUCCUGUGUAUGACUGGGGAGACGGCAACGACUUGCAGAAGGGUCUUCAAGAAGCAUUUGAUUCAAAAAUUGCAAAUGGGGAGUUUGAAAUGCCUUGGGAAGAAGCUUCUCUAUCUGUCAUUGGUUUUGAACGUAACACUUUUGACUUGCCUGCUCCCAGUAUCGUUGCCAAUACCACAAGCAACAACAGUACUACCAACAGUGCCGACACCCUUCGAGGAGGAAUUCUUGCUCUUGAUCCAGUUACAGCUACAGCAGUGCAGUAUAUUGGCGCUAUUCUAUUGGUGGUUCAUACAAUACUUUUGAUUGCGGUACACCUGUUUGGAAAUUCGUAUGCUGAAAAGCAGAACAAAGCAGAACAAGCGCUUCUUCUGGACGCCGAGGGUUUGGACGAUAUGCUGCUACUUACAAAGGAUCACAAAAUGCCAGAGUCUCCAUCACCUCAUUUGAUACUUCCAACAUCUUACACUACGAAUGCAAACAAUGUGAGACUGCUAUCUCCGACACGAUCCCUUGUCUCGAACGCAUCCAAAGUCUCCUCUACCAACUAUGCGGGAGACUCCCUCUUACCGCCCAUGGUUGACGAUGACGAAGUCAGUGAAGCUGGCACGGAAGUUGUCGUUCAAUCAAUUGGCUCUGGAUCGAACCAUUCAAUAUCGAGUGCUAUUCUUGACGAUGCUGGUUCGGUUCGAUCUUCCAAUGCAAAACAGCAAAGCGGAAAUGGAUCGGUUGGUGCUGACGACAGAUCGAUAUCAAAAGGUAGUGUUGGCAGUGGGGGAUCAAGACGUAGCCUUGGAGUACCUAGCAAUAUUGGAACAAUCCUUGGGAAUGUGGACGAUGAUGAGGACAAUGUCAGCGAUAUCAUGAUUUUCUGA